AUGAAUAUAAAGAAAAUGAACAUAUUGCUUAUACUUCUCUGAGACCGAUACAGAUUACAACUUUAAGGAAAACAGCUAAGGUUUAUCUUUACCCGUUUUCACUCAGCAAUUCCAAGCUAGGCCUACUUAAGUUGUCCAAAUCCCCGGUUGUAAAUAAUUCUAGCAAGUCAGUGGUCCAUAAGAGGAAAGAUCGGAAGAAGACUUGUAGAAAGGUUUUAACUUCAAAAAUGAAGGCCUUAUCUUCCAAGGCAGAAUCCCUUCUGCUGAAAUCAUCCUUGGAUGCUUAUACUGAAAGUACCAAGCUGGAACCCAAGAGGACCUCGGAUUCAGUGACUCUCAGUGUGGACGUAGAAAGCAGCGACGAAGACAGCGCACCAGGCCCGGAUGAUUUUUCAGGAUUGUCACCUUAUGAGAGGAAGAGACUGAGGAACAUCAGAGAAAAUGCAAACUUUUUUGCUUCUCUUCAGUUAGCUGAGUCAGCCGCACGGCUCCGUGGCAUGAUAAAGAAGCGCGAGUCACCUGAGUCAAAGAGAAAGAGGCCCAAGAAGAAAGAAAAUGAAAUUGGAUGUCGAAGGUCCAUGCGGUUGUUGAAAGUAGACCCUUUGGGAGUUUCAUUACCAGCAUCUCCAACACAGCCAACAUUAGUAGAAGAAGAAGAAAAUCCUUUGUUACCUCCUGGACCCUUAGAAAUGAUUCCUGAAAACCAAGAUGACAGCAGUGAACUGUUGAAAGCAUCUUUGAAGACAUGGGCAGAGAUGAGCCAGNCAAGUAAUGAGAAGACCAAGAAGGGCCUGUCUAGUAUUAAAAGCUAUUAAGCCAAUUUAAGUGGAAUGGUCAUCANUGAGGCUACUGUUCGUAAGGUGACCAAAGGAGCAAUCUCCUCUGUGGCCCUCCACCCAUCAGAAGUGAGAACCUUGGUAGCAGCUGGGGCCAAGUCUGGACAAAUUGGACUUUGGGAUUUGACCCAGCAGAGUGAAGAUGCGAUGUACGUGUUCUAUGCUCACAGUCGGUAUGUUAGCUGCCUCUCCUUCUCACCCACCAACCCAGCCCACCUACUGUCCCUGAGCUAUGAUGGCACACUGCGAUGUGGUGAUUUUUCCAGUGCUGUGUUUGAGGAGGUGUACAGGAAUGAGGGAAACAGCCCGUCCUCCUUUGACUUCUUGAAUGAUUCCUCCAGUCUGCUAGUGGGACACUGGGAUGGACAUUUGUCACUGGUAGAUAGACGGACACCUGGAACUUCUUAUGAGAAGUUUUUUAAUUCAUCUUUGGAAAAAAUAAGAACCGUUCAUGUCCAUCCACUAUCCAGACAGUAUUUUGUCACAGCAGGAUUGAGGGACGUUCAUGUUUACGAUGCCAGGUUCCUGAAGUCCAGGGGAAGCCAGCCUCUGAUCUCCUUGACUGAGCACUCAAAAAGCAUUGCCUCUGCAUAUUUCUCCCCCGUUACUGGUAACAGAGUGGUGACUACAUGUGCUGACUGUAAGCUCAGGGUCUUUGACAGCAGCUCCAUAUCUUCCCAGCUUCCUCUCCUCAGUACCAUCAGGCACAACACUAUCACUGGGAGAUGGCUAACGAGGUUCCAGGCUGUGUGGGACCCUAAACAAGAAGAUUGCUUCAUAGUUGGUAGCAUGGACCACCCACGACGGGUGGAAGUCUUCCACGAGUCGGGAAAGAAUGUGCAUUCACUUUGGGGAGAAUGUCUUGUAUCUGUGUGUUCCCUCAGUGCUGUGCAUCCUACACGAUAUAUCCUGGCUGGAGGUAAUUCCAGUGGCAAGUUACAUGUUUUUAUGCAUCAAGAAACCUGAGUUAUUGGAUAGAUUCAACAAAUUGUUCAACUUGUUCUGUAGCUAGGGAACCUAGAGACUCAGCUUAGUGCAUCUGUUUGGUCACGUGUUAUAGUUAGUAAAUAUAACACUGCUUUCUCAGUGAGACCUCCACACAGAAUGUAAUAUUAGCAAGGGAGGAACUUGAAGGCCAUUUCUAGAGGAUGAGGGAGAGACCUAGGGCAGAAACGGGUGUUUUCAUGUACUUUUUGAUUGUUUUGAGUUAGGAUCUUGUAUAGCACAGGCUAGCCUCAGACUCUGUAGCCAAGGAUGACCUAGACCUCAUGAGCCUCCUGCCCCGACCUCCUGAGUGCUAAUAUCUCAGGCAUGUUCCAGAGCACUUGGCAUCUUUCAACACCUUUAAUUAGGCUGUAUUUUGCAAAAUUCUAUCAAAUUACAAAGCUUUCAGUGGUCGUUAUUAAUCUUUUGUGGCAGAAUGAAACUAUUUUGAUGCAAUAGUAAUCUAUAGAUCUGUGACUUAUUUAUUUAGCUUGGGGUGAAUAAUUAUUUCUCAACACUGGACUAGGUCCUGAAAGACCAUCUAAGACUAAUUAUGAAACAUUAUUGAAUCCCAGAGACUGUCACAUGCUAGACAAGUAUUCUACAGUUGACUCAUACCCCACCUUUGAAACUUAAAUGUUUGUUUUGCGUCAUUCUUGAGACUGGAUCUUGCUAUGUAGCCCAGGUUAGCUUUGAACUUAGUCCUUCUGCCUCACUUUUCCAAGUGCUAGGACUAUAGGUGUGUACUACCAUGCCCAGCCAGAACUUAGUUUUAUAAGCUAAGAACUUUUUUGGGGGGUCCUUGUAUCUCAGCUCAUUUUUUCUUGAAAUCUCAUGAUAUUCACUGGAGAACAGUUGGCUGCUUUGACUCUGGUCUGCUUGGAGCUCGCUCUGUCCCCUGCCUCUGGGCAGCUCCUGACAUGGGCCAGGACAGCACUGUUUGACCUUGCACCAUUAUCCUGUUUUCUAGUGAGUACAGACUGGGCUCCAGAUGAGGGGUUUGUAGCUUUUCACAUGAAAAUUUUAGAGUUUUGAUAUAUUUAAAAACACAGAAAUAUAAGACUGUUUUUGUUUUAAUCCCACAUUAUAGGGCUGCUUCAUAUUGUCUGUGGCAGGUGACUGUGAUUUGCCCCAUGCUGUAGUAAGGGUGUGGUUGUGCCAGCUGCAGACAGUUUCUGCAAAUGCGUGACAUUUGGAAUUCUGGGAACUUUUCAGAGGUUAUAUAAAUGCUAGAGCCCCCAGUAGACGGGGUGGGGUGUUGUUGGUUGUUCAGGGGGAUUGGCUAUGAUUUGUCAAAGAAGCAGCAAAAGGAAAGAAAUUAUAUUCAGGGAUCUCCCCUCCCCCUAUUUCUUUCCCUUCUACCUCUAUCCUCCUCUCUCUGUUAUCCAGUGUUGGGGAGAGUGGGGGUGGGGGAAGGGCUGGGCAGUGUGGAUAACGGUUGGCAAAAAAAAAUUCCACAAAGUAG